CGAAAUCGUUGAACGCAACUGUCACUUUUUGUAGUUUUUCUUGAGUGUUCCGAGUAUUAUUUAUCAUUUUAUCACUUAGUGGGGGCCAAUCGAUUACAAAAAAAUGCGAUUUAACAGUAAAUUUACAACAACGGCGCGAUUAAACGCGUAAAAUAUCCAUUUGCAGCGUUAAUUUCCGAAGAAUGAAUCACAAUAAAGAAGAUUGAGGUUAUGUUGUUAAAAAUGAGUUUGGUGAAGGUUUUAAUAAUCUUGAGCGUUUCAAUAGAUUUUUUUUAUGGUUACACUUUACAAGAGAAUCAAGCGAAUAUUGAUGUAAAUUACGACGAUUUUUUACCUACGGAUUUACAAUCGAAUGAUACUUAUAAAAUAAUUAAUGGUUUAACGAAUACGACGAAAUUAAAAGGGGAUUUGAUACAGUUUUUGUGUGAAAUUCAAAUAUUAGAUGUUAAUUCGACGGAGAAAAUUGGGGUGAAAUGGCACCAUAACCUCGAUGGGUUAUCGAAUAAUGACAAAAACAUCAAGAUUUUAACGAAAAAGGAUUAUAAGAGCUAUUUGAUGUCUUCUACGUUAAAAAUAAAGGACUUAUCGAAGAAAAACGAAGGAUUCUACACUUGUACCUUCUCCUGGAUGGGGUUGGCUCCGAUCGAAUCAAAAGCUUACUUAAAAGUCGUUCCCUUAAUAAACGAAAAUUUAACUAUGCUCAAUCAAAUUGUUGACGAUAACAGCAAUGAAGUGCCAAAAAAGACCGACGUUGAUGAACCGUUUUGCCAAAGUUACACAGGACCGACUUGCCAAUUUUAUUUAGGGAAUCAAUAUGUUUUUGUGCAACCUCCUCAUACUUUGCAAAGUAUUGAAGAAAGUUUAAAAGCGGCGUAUCUUGUUGUAUCACAAUCUAAUGACAUUUCAGUGGAGUGCUCAAAAUUCGUUUUACCUAGCUUAUGUUAUUCAGCAUUCCCUUUAUGCAAAAACACCGAGAUGAUUCACCUUUACCAACAGAAACUAAUCAAGCGAUUUCAACAAAACCAAACCCAAACCGACUCAUUAAAAAUAAUCAGGCCCCAAUUGGCGGUUUAUUUACAACGAAUUUGCAAAGACGAAUGCGUCAUUUUAGAAACGGAACUUUGCAACCGCGAGUACGCCAUCGCAAAGCGACAUCCGAUCAUAAGCAAAGUCCUCGAUUUAGAAGAAUGCGAGAAUUUACCCAAUGAAAGCGAAAAACACGCUUCGGAGUGUUUAAAAUUAGGGAUUGACGGGAGGAACAUCGAUGAGAGUGAGACGUGUUAUUGGGGGAAUGGUGCUGAAUAUCGCGGGGUUCAUGAUGUGACGAAAGAUGGGGUUAAAUGUAAAAGGUGGGCGCAUCAAUUUGAAGUUCCAAUUUCGAAGUAUCCAGAGUUGUUGGGGCACUCUUACUGUAGAAAUCCGGGUUCACUUGAAAAAGAACCGUUUUGUUACAUAGAACAGACAAAAAAGGAACCUUGUGGGUUAAAAAAAUGCUCUCAUCUAUUAACAGUGUAUAUAAUGGGCGGGUUAGGCUCCCUUAUCCUAAUAUUAUCCAUAUUAACGUGGUUAUAUUGGUUUAAAAAGAGAAAUAAGACUAGAAAUAUUCAAAACAUGAACAUUCCUUCCGCGGAUAAAAACAUUUACGGAAACGGGGGUCCAAAUUCCCCCAUUGAAUUAAACACCCUCCUUUUACCAUCAAGUGGAACCUCUGGGGGGCGAAACCCCAAUAAAAAUUCGUACCAAAACAUCCCUAAUUUCACCCAUAAAGAAGUGAAUUUCAUCGAGGAACUCGGCGAAGGCGCUUUUGGGAAGGUUUACAAAGGUGAGUUAAAAACUAAAACCGGAAAAAUCUUCGUCGCGGUUAAAUCGUUGAAAGAAAACGCCUCCGCGAAAACCCAAGCCGAUUUUCAACGCGAAAUCGAAUUAAUUUCGGAAUUAAAACACCCGAAUAUAAUUUGUUUGUUGGGAAUCGUCGUUAAACAAGAACCUUUUUGUAUGUUAUUCGAGUACAUGUCUGAAGGUGAUUUGCACGAAUUUUUAAUCGCGAAUUCUCCGGUACAACAAAAAUCGUUGAAUCAAACUCAAUUUUUACACAUAUCAAUUCAAAUUGCUCAAGGAAUGGAGUAUUUAUCCGAUAAUCAUUAUGUUCAUCGCGACCUCGCGGCGCGAAAUUGUUUAGUUUCGAACGAUUUAAUCGUGAAAAUAUCAGAUUUUGGUUUAAGCCGCGAUAUGUAUUCGUGCGAUUAUUACCGCGUUCAAUCUAAAUCGUUACUUCCGGUACGUUGGAUGCCUCCAGAAUCGAUUUUAUACGGAAAAUUCACCACAGAAAGUGAUGUUUGGUCGUACGGGGUUGUUUUAUGGGAAAUUUAUAGUUACGGGCUUCAACCUUAUUAUGGUUAUAAUAACCAAGAAGUGAUUAGUAUGAUUCGAUCGAGGAAAUUAUUACCUUGCCCCGAUUCGUGUCCCAGUUAUUGUUAUUCUUUGAUGGUUGAGUGUUGGGCGGAAUUAGCGAUUAGGAGGCCGAGUUUUGGGGAAAUUGGGCAUCGAUUAAAAGUGUGGAAACGUUCCGAAAUGAACGGGGAAAAAUCGCAAUCGAAAUCGCAACCCGGUUUAAAUCUUUUAAGUCAUUUCGAAACGAAUUCGGUUUGUCCACUUUUUGAGAAUCAAAACGAUCCGAGUUUAACCUGGGAAAGAAAUUUAAAAAAAAAUGUUCCGAAAUUAAGUGAAAGCCAAAGUAGUUUGAUGUCGCGGGCUUCGAAUAACGCGAAAUUAUCUCACGGGCGUAGUUUGGAUAGGAAUCCUUCGAGGGGGGCGAUUCCGUUGGGGCUCGUCGUUAGUACGAGUGGGGAAGGGAAUGUUUUUACUAAGAUAACGUGAAUUGGCGGCUUUUUUAUACUAUAAAUGUAAUUUUUUGUAUUUGUAAGAUGUAAUGUGUGAUAAAUCAAUAAUAAACGAAUUAAUUUAAUUUAAACGUUUAUCAGCGACAUCUACAAUUCAGUAGCGAAAUUAAUCCGUCAAAAUAAAAACGUCAAAUUUUA